CUGGCCCCCGGGCCUUGAGUUUGACACAUGUGGGUUAUAGCAAUGGCACAUAGAUCCUAAUUAGCAUUUAGCUAACAAACUGAAAGGCUUAAGUAUGUGUUGUUGUUUUUUUUAAUACACAAAGUGGGAUGCAGUAUUUUUAGUUUUAUGUUUAGUUUGAUAGAAAAUGUAAGUGUGCUUUUUGGGUGUGACAAUUGAACAGGUUAGGAUGGAGGUUAGCGUCUUAAAAUUGAUGACUUAAGUCUGACUCAGGUCAAGUCGGGCUGUUCUCGUGGUCGUAGCGCAAACCCAAAGGUGGCAAUCUUAGGCGCUCACCUUUGACCCAUAUACAGCAGGCCUCCUUCAGAAACGUUGCAAAAUGGUUCUUAUUUGAAUUGUCACGGCGACGUGAGUUUAUCAAGACGAUCUAGCUUUGCUUGUUGCAUCACGGGGUCGCAAAGGUUUUGCAUUGAGAGAACACGCACGCAUGGAAUGUCCUGAUAACGCAUACUCUGUGCACCACGUGACGCAAUCAGCCCCCCCCCCAUCCCGCCGCUUUGACUGUGACGUAAUUAAAAGUUUGAAUGAGUGGCCCACUUAUUCACGGCAAUCACAUGACGAGGAGACUUUCAACUUCUAUAUCAGACACAAUGUGAAUAAAUGCAGCUUCGGGGAUGUCUAUCAGGAUCAAACUCAAAUUGAGUGGUAGAUAUUUUUGUGCAUGCCUGAGUAGAUUUUAGAUGCUAAACAGCUCUGAUCACUGACUGCUUUGUUCAAUAAAAAGCCACUGAUGAGAUUGGUUGGUAAUUGAUUGAGUCAUCGUCGUCCAAAGUUUGCCAUUUGCUGCCCAGUGCGCAAAUAAUAAAUAAAUAAAUAAAAACAUGGCCGCAUCAGUAGGUAAAAAGCAAAAGUUAUAUAAUGUUACAGAGGUGGAUAAAACAAAUAGGUGGAAUUGAAAAUUUGAACUUUCCAUUGGAGAUUUCCCAAACACUGUUUUGCUUUCUCGGCCAGGGAAUACCACCUGCUGGUUCCUGUCACGAAAAACUCCUCUAAGAGGAUUUACCGGGCACCCUUGAACUACAUGCCAUCUGCUCCAAUGGAUCAUUUUAAUGAACACGUGUUGUGAAAGUGAACGUCCCUGAGCAGUGCUGCGCUUCAUAAUGGAUUAAAAAAAAUCGUUGCGAUCUAUCGGACUUGAGUGAUUUGUUUUUGCAGAUCUAUAUCGGCAAAGGCCACGUGUCCUCAUCAUCACGCGUGUGCUGCUCGCGAUCAAUAAGGUGUUUGACCUUUAUUGACCUUUGGCUGCAGGGCUGAGGAUGCCAGAUCCAGAUCAGACUGGUGAGUCAAUACCUACUCAAGUUACCCUGGUAACUAGCCACAAGAGACCUUGGCUUCGUGGCGGAUUUUUACAAGAAUCAAAACAUGCCACUUGUGGCCUUGAGUCAUUGUGUCACAUGAAGCGUGCCACUUAAAAAGUCAGGUGGUGAUUUCCCCACAAAAAUAAAAAUAGUAACAAUACUCCCAGAAACUUAAGACAGCUACAAUUGUGCAACAGCGGUUAUUUAAAAAUGUAUGACAUCAGAAAUGAGGAUAAAAAUAAGUGACACUUAUAAGUAGUAGGGAGCUCGUUCUCAAACAAAAGUAAUUUCCCAUCAAUUCUAUUUUUAAAGGUGCUUAAAACACAAUUACCAAUCACAUAAAUUAGAAAUUCUCUUCUAGCUAGUCACAAUGGAUUUAUAUGUGAUUUAAAGUAAAUUUGAUUAGUUUCCUUUAUAAAAUCAGUAUUAAAUAUUUAGGUAGAAAUCGGGGUUCUGUACGGGUACACAUGAUAACGAAUUUACGAAUCUAAUUCGAAUUUUGAGUAAGAAUAAAAUGAAUUGAUUAUAGACCAAAUGGAAUUAUGAUGAUGUGAUGACGACGACGUCAUGAUGAUGUAUAUGAUGACGAUGACGAUGUUUGGCGGACGUACUACUUGUGUUUCUGAUGCAAUACCCUGGCGGAAGGAGCUCGUAUCUGUUAACAGGACGGCGGAGGUUUGCCCCGUUGCCUAGAUACCAACUCAGGAGGUGGCGCAUGAAGCGCCGUCGUCUGACUGAAACUGGUUUCCCGUGGCAGCCAUUUUGGCUCUGGCGCGAGCUGGCCCUCAACGGACCGCUCUUCCCCUCGCUUGAGCCCGAAUGUCGCCGUUUUCCCCGUCGCCGCUCAAGUGGCACUGGCCGUGAAAACAGCGCCAUUUCCGUCGGCGUCCAUGAUACGCUAUGCUACCGCAGCGGAUUCCAGAGCCCGAGCUCGGAACGGCAGCAAGAGAGAAGUAGCCGCUCCCUUGUCGGCGUUCCUCUCCUCUUCAGCCCGCUCGCAGGUGGUGCUGGUGAAGCGAUUGUUGCAACAUGGACGUGUGACGCAACCACCGGUUGUGUUUUGCUGUGCAGAUGAGAUCCAACAGCACCAUAAGCCAUGCCUGACGAGUAAAACCACCCAACCAAAAAGGGGAAAAGGAAUCCCACAUGCCUCCUCACGUAGAAGCCCUUCGGUGCGUCUCGCUGGAGUGAUCUGCCCAACCUUCCAGAGGUUCCGCCUCGCCCGCUCUCUCUUCGCUCAUCUCCGACAAACAGCUCAUCGCGAUGCCAGUCCACCUGAGAAUAACCAACACCUGAGGUCCCAUGCGUCCCGUGAGCACCGAUUCAGACGGUCGUGCUCCUCCCGAGAACCUCUCUUGCCUCUACCCGCUCGCGGGCCCACUAUCCGCUUCAGCGAUGUCCCUGCUCCAGUCGCUGGGCCCAGUGCAAAGCUGGCUGGGCCAGGAGCUGGAGAAGUGCGGGAUCGACGCCAUGAUUUACACCCGCUACGUCCUCAGCCUCCUCCUGCACGACAGCUACGACUAUGACCUGCAGGACUACCUUCAGGAGAACGACAUCUUUUUGGGCUGGGAGAAGGGACCUGGCAAGAAAUGGGGCAAGAGUAAGAAGAAGGGAGGGACCGACCUGAGUCUGGAGGAAAUGAAGAAACAAGCGGCGGUGCAAUGUCUUCGUUCUGCAUCUGAUGAAAACUCUGGAAUCGAAAGCCUGGUUGAGGAGCUUUGCUCCAAACUUCGGGACAUUCAAAACAAACAGAAAGAGGAAAAACAGAUCCAAAAAAAGUCUGGCGGGGCUCAUUCUCCCGAACGAGUCGAGUCCCCCUCUUCAAAGGACCAGGUGGAAAUGUAUUAUGAAGCUUUCCCACCUUUGUCCGAGAAGCCUGUUUGUCUCCAAGAGAUCAUGACCGUGUGGAACAAAGCCAAGGCCUGCGCGUACUCCAGUUCAUCAUCCUCGGCCGCUCCGCACACCAGCACGGACACGUCAUCCCCAAAAGAUUGCAACAGCGAAGGCGAAGCUGCCAAGGAGCGGAACCCCGAAGCCUGCGCCACCAUCACGGGCGUGGCGAGCGAGAGAGGCCAGCAUCGCCGAAGCAAGAAGGAGAAAGAGAACCGAUACCACAGCGGCGCGGCGGCAGAGGAGAAGAGCACGGUCCACUCCAAGCGACAGGCGAGACACAGGUCCGAGGGCAAGUAUCGGGCCCGGUCCUGGUCUUCAGGCUCUAGCGAGGGGGGCUCCAGCUCGAGCGGCAACCAGGGCGACAAGUCGUUCCGAAGCAAGGCGGUCAGGGUCAGGCACAAAUCCCGAGAGCUCGGGAAGAGUAAGAGACAGCGCAAUAGCGGACAGCCCAGGCUCGCGUCCAAGGCUGUCGACAAAGAGGAGCAACGGAACGCGGGGGGGACGGGCAAACCGCUGCAGCUUUACAAAAAAAACCGGAGGUCCCUUAAAGAGGUUCGCAAAGAUCCGGUCUGGCCGCCGGCAAACGAGAUGAGGGUGGAGGACAGGAACGCAAAAGAAUAUAUGGAGGAGCCGCUUUGGUACACGGAGCCCAUCUCCGACUAUUUUGUACCUUUCAGCAGCGAGCAAAGCAAGCUGGAGACAAAGUACCGAAGCAAAGUAGGAUCCCCUGAAGACUUUGCCUCGUCAGCUGACGCGGCCCCACUGCCGGAGAGAAUCCAGGGAAUCUGCGUGGCCAACGAGAGCUACCAGAGAACAUACCUUGCCGCGGGCUCGUUUGUCGACGGCCACUUUGUGGAAGCGACGGGCGAAGCCGAGGAGGAGGAGGACGCCGCCGCGCCGCUCGUCGGGACCUCAAGCUGCCCUCAGCCAGAGGACGGUGGACAUUUAGAUGACAAGCAUCUGCCAGAAUUCACCGACUUCUACGAAGUUGAUAUUUAUCAAUCCAUAUUGGAUACUAGUGCCUCAGACUCGUUACAAGAGAGUCGGAUCCUCGGCAUGAUUCGACGCAAAAGCAAUGAGCAAAGAGAAUCUCGUUUAGUGUUAGAUGGCUUCGAGCAGCAAGGGAAAAGUGCAAUAAGGGCAGACGCGGAGGAAGCGCCGGGAUCGUCCGGGUUCCUCGUGGAGGAUCUCGACAGCAUGGCUCAAGUCUGGGGACGUUACUCGCCGUCGACUUCAGACGAUAUCGACGGAGAAAGCUUCUUGGGCGACUCGCCCGUUCGGCUCUCCCCCCUCCUCGAUAGCGUUUCCUUGACCCUGCGCAAUUUGUCGGGGAACGCCGAGACCGCCGGCGAGCCGUCCGGCUUGAACUCCUCGUGCUUCUCUCUCUUUGAGCUGCAGUACGACAGUCCCACUCGCUCCCUUCCCCUCGACUCGCUCUCCGUCGCUCACGAAGGCAACGCCGCCGCCGACCCAUGUAGCUGUCUCGAGCCGCAAGCUAACAAACAGUCUCGUUUGCUAAUAUGGACCAAAAAUAGUGCCUUUGAUGAAACUGAACACUGCUCCAACCUUUCAACUCGGACGUGUAGUCCGUGGUCGCAUUCAGAGGAGACUCGUUCCGACAACGAGCACGGGAAUAUUACGGCCGAGGACCCCGCCGCUCCGAUUGGCUCUGAUGAAAUUGAUUGUAUCAUCCCUCCUAUUUCUGGUACAUAUCUGGAGGAUGAGAUCUUGGACUUCCUGCAACAGGACUCCGGGCGCAAAUGUGAGGAGGCGAGCAUUUGCACAGCAUCCUGCCGGACUUACACCAAAAAAUCUAAAUUGGAGUCCCUUUGCGGAAUAGCAUUGGAAGAGGACGAGGGGAAGCCGUUCAGCGCGAGCGUCUUCUCCGAGGACGCAAACGGACAAAGGGGCGAGUACAGCUCAGGAAUAAUCAAAGACAUUUGGUCCGCGGUCGGCGAGGCCAAGUCGUCGGCGGCGGCGGCAGCGGCGAGGCAAGGUGGCGGCGAGAAAAUGAAAGAGGAUGUAUUCUCCGAAGACUCUGGCGCUUACUGCGGCAGCUGCCCGGAGGUGCAGGCCAAAGGCGUUCCCGUCGAGCCGCCUCAGAAAAAAGCUGUGCAGCGCUCCGAGUACCACCUCUGGGAGGGCAAGAACCAAGAACAGGACUUGGCCAAAAACAAACUCUCCAAGUUAGACGGCGCCGGGGAUUACAUGACUCCGUCCAAGCCCUGGGACUUGAGAUCAGAUAAAGACGGCACGUCUUUUAUCAUCGGCGGCGUGUACGGAGAGUUCACGACGUUGAGUUGCGAUAAGAAUUGGGCCGUGGUGCCACCAAACGAAUCUCGGCACGGCUUGCUGCAGUCGCCGGCGGCGGCGGCGGGCGCCGCUUCCGAAAUGCUCACAAUCACCGGCGCAGACGUGUUGGUGAACAAGGGCGGCUGCUUUGCUCCGGGACACCGGCGCCUGUGGAGGCCCCUCGUGUCCUUCGGCCAAAGCGAGCGCGCCGUGGCGGCGAGCCGAGACAAAUUGAACAAAGGAUUCUCUUUCAUCUUCCGGGAAGAUUUGCUGGGAUCCUACGACGGCUUGCGUAGCGAGGAGCAACGUUUAGAAUACCCGUUUGCCUCCUUCGACCUGAACAAUCCCUUCUCUCAAGUCCUUCACGUGGAGUGCUCCUUUGAGCCUGAGGACAUGGCUUCCUUCAGCCCGGGCUUCAAGCCUAAAUCCAUCCUUUGCUCCGACUCGGAGAGCGAAGCCUUCUGCCCGCAGAUUUACGGCAUCAAGCAAACGCAGUACCGGGCCAUUCGCAUUUCCCCCAGGACUCAUUUCCGGCCCAUAUCGGCCUCGGAGUUGUCUCCCGGGGAAGUGAGCGAUUCGGAGGCCGAGACCGACAAAGAGGAGGCGAGUUUCCCCGCCCUGGCACCGGUGGACGUUUUUGACGAUCCUCAAGCCGAUCUCAAACCACUCGAGGAGGACGCCGAAUGCGAAGGCCCGUAUUAUGGAAAGUCUGAACUGGAAUCUGGCAAAUUCCUGCCCAGGUUGAAGAAGUCCGGCAUGGAGAAGAGUGCCCAGACCUCUCUGGAUUCACAGGAAGGCCCCAGCGUCCUUCUGCCCAUUGCCGAGCAAGAAAAAUGUUUGGACUGCCAGGCGGCGGAACACGGAUCAACCGCAGACGAGCAGACGGACACCUCGGCCGCUCCGUCGCAAAAAGAAGAGUCUCCGGUGGAAAAGCCGAGCUACUUGUGUGCGACGGCGGGCCAAACGCCCAAAUACGGGAUCGCGUACGACUUUGUCAGAGAUGUGGCGGAGUUCCCUCUGCUAAGUGGACAGGGAGUGAGCGGCAAUCAAGACGAUGAGUGCUGGUGGCAAAACACACUCUGCCCACCCUUGUUCCCCGGAUCACAGUGUACAGGGAGCAGCAACAUUUGAGUUCUUCAUUUCGCACCGGACUUGUGUCGGCAAGGUUGCAGAGUUUUGGCGACUGUACCGCCCGCCACCAGCUUUUUAUUCAGGUUCAUCUCAAGAGCCACAAAAACCUCUUAACGUGGGCUCGUUUCUCGCUUUCCACCGACUCCGCCGACAUAACUGCUGAGUUUUCAUUUACUAACUCCGUGCUUGUGUAAUCAAUCAGAUUGACAGGGGGGGGGCGGGGGGUGUGCUGACAAAAUACGUUCAAAUAAGAUGAGAAAAAAAAAAAGUGUGUUAGAGUGAUGAUGCCAGAUUUCCAUUUAAAAUAUCGGAUGCAGCUACGAGGUUACCACUUUUGUUUCAGUUCUGCUUCCCCCACCUUGCUUUUCGACUUCAAUACUGGAUAGUUGGUUGCACGCGAAUGGUUGUGCAUGUGCGUUUGUCCGGCCAGUCUCAGUCCUUUUUUUUUUGCCCCUAACCCCCCCCCCCCCCUAGUAAAAAUAUAAAGAAAAAACGGAUUGCUGCAGAAAUCAACCGCAAUUCCAAUGCGCUACUCUUCGUCUUUUCUUGAGAAAGACCAGAGGUUGAGAUUUUUUCCUUUUCGUGAUGAGCUUCUUUUUUCUUUAGUUUGUUAUGAAAGAAGUAGAGAAUGUGUGUCCUUUUUUUUUUUUUGAAUUGCCCCAGCGUGUGAAAAAGUUUUUGAAAGCCUAGUUAUAGACUUCAAGUAUGGUUUGUGAGCAAAAAGAAAGAGGAAAAAAUAAAUAGCACAUACCGAUCCAAACUGCAAUUCUCUGAAAUAAUUUGGCAAGGGGAAAAAAAAAUGAAGAUAAAGACCCACAAAAAUAUCUGAAGGUGAUUUUUUUUUUUUUUUAAAUCUUUUGUUACUUCUGUUGUACUCAACAUUGGUGCUAUAAAUAUUUUUCAUAAUGUGGCUGUGGUAAUACGGAAGUGUUUUUUUUUUUUUUGUAGUCCAGACAGUCUGAAUCCAGCCUUUUUUUUUUUUUUUUUUCCAAAAUUAUGAAAAGGAGACAAUUGUUUUCCCUGAUUACUGUUGAUUGUACUUUUCUUAUUUGAUUAUUUCACUUUAAUGUAACUUUUUGAGUUGCGGAGAAGCAUUUAUUUUCAGUUUGUAGUCACGGGGCAAGACAAACAAAUGACUCCGUGUGGAAUUUGUGUUGGUGCAACCAAACAUGAACAUGGUUAAACCUAAAAAACAAAAUGCCAUAAUAACACUACAAGGUACGGUUGUUUUUUUUUUUGUUUUUUUUUCUCAACGUAUGGUGUGUUUAUCUCCCAUUUUAUUUGGUCCAUUUAUCUUGUUGAAGCAUUGAGUCAUAUUCUGAUGCGCGUGAACAACGAACGUGUCACAAUAAGUGAUUCAACUUGAACGGUGAAUACGUACGCAUGUAAGUUUGUUCAAAUCAAAACAAAAAAAGCAAAUACAUUUAAAAACAAAAAACAACAAAAAAAACAAAUUGGAUUUGAUGGCUCAAGUGUAUUAUAUUGAGCCUUGUUGCGACUUGCGUGUUGCUGAUUGAAAAUACAGUUAAAAAAUAAAAUAAAAUCAGCAGGGUAAAAGCUUUUUCCUGUUUAGCAUUUAGUAAGGCUGCCUGUCUUUCCCAAUUUUGUUUCAUUAGAAGGAAAAUUGGCCAGGCUUUUUUUUUUAAUUAAUUUUUUUAAUAAGAUCCUAACCAUGAUUCUCAAGCACAAACUUCCCAUCAGUGCGCCGUUGCUUGGAAAUGAACGUGUCAAUGUAGUGUUCAUAACGCAUGGCAGGUCGAAGGCCCCACUUUUCCAAACGGCUUCCUUGUUUGGAAACCUCAACGCCAAUUUCGGGGUCUCGCCCGCCCGCCUGUCUUUCGCAGUCAUCAGACACUCAGGAAUUUUUUCAUACACUUUCAUAAAUGUGAUCUACAAUCAGAUGUGGCAGGGGGGGGGGGGUCAAUUUGUAGAUUACGCAUUGACAUUAUUUCCAAGCAAGCCACGGAGAUGACUGGUUUUAUUUGGAGUUAUAUAUAGUUUUAGGAGAGGAGGGAGAAAGAGAGAAAAAGCCAUUGAAGACUGCAUAAGCAAUGUCGAAGUGGCACGCUUCUCAAAAGCCGCCAAGGUUUCCAUGCAAGGCCUUGGCGCUCGUAAGACCUCAAGGGUAUGUGGAGAAAAGUCAAUCAUGUUAAAUUUUGCAUGUUUGGUUUUCACUGGACGCCUGGGGUAAAAAAAAAAAAAGGAAGUCUGGAAAUACAGCUUGCAAAAGUCAGUCCACCUUUUUGGGGCGGGGGGGUGUAUUAAAAAGAGUGAUGUGGUUGAUCAGUCAGAAGGUAUUUUGAAACAGUUUGACGUUUCUAUGGGUGGUCUCUUUAUGACAAAAAAAAAGGUUUGAGUUCGUCAUCAAAAAUAAGUCAUGAAGCGCUUAGUUGAAAGUAACACGUCUCACCUUUCUCCGUGAAAUUCUUCCAUUUACUUAUGCUGCAUUUGAACGAAAAAGAAACGGCAAGAAAAAAAAAUGCAUUCAGUGAGUUUUUUUUUUUUUUUUUAAAUUGGGGGGGUGACCCCGCACUGAAAACCUUUCAGUCAUUUCAUUCCUUCCUCUUGGUUGUCCCAAUCUCACUCGAAGUAGCCGUGUGUGUUCUGACUUUAUGUACACCCUGAGUAAAUGAUUUUGUUUCAUUGUGGAUUUCAUUAACAUCUAAUAAAGGGUCGACCAAA